AUGCCAUACAAAUACCCAAUCCACCCGUUCCCCAUACCACCAGUGCCUGCAUCAGCCCUUCCCACUCAGGCAGAUUAUAUCCAAGACCGUAACGCCAUCACGGAGAUCAUCUUCCUGCGUUUCCGACCCAACACGCCCAUUGAAGAUCCGUCAACCUCCGCAGGGAAACUCUGGGCGCAGGCUCUUGAUUUGAUCCGCGGGUCCGAGAAACAGGGGAUUCAGCCUUCUCCUGGGCUUGGGAGGUUCUAUUGGGGUAGAGCUGAGGGGGGAAGUGGUGUUAAAGGUGGUGAUGAUGAUGUGGUUCUUCUAAUAAUCGACUGGGACGACCUAACCCUCCACACCAAAUCCCAAUCCCCAUCCGCCCUCUCAUCAAUCACAAAAACCCUCUCUCCUAUCCUCCUCUCUCUCAUCCGCAGCUCCAUCUCCGUGAAAUUCACCACCCACCCACCCCUCACAGCCACAAGCAUUUCUACCCCACCCUACCCAGUGACAGCUCUCACCAUCGCAAAGUUCCCCACCACCAUGGACCCCGCCGAGAAGGCCCAGAUUCCUUCGUUGUGGCAAUACACGCGCCAGGAUUUGUUUCCGAGGGGCGAGCAGCUGAGAUAUGGAUGUUUGGGCGCGGCUGGGGGAUGGGGGACCAUUGUAUCGGAAGGGUCGGGUGGCGAUGGGAGUGGAGAAGGGGGAGAUGGAUUGGGGGCUGGGGCUGAAACAGGAACGGGAACGGGAGGGUGGUACGUCAUGCUGGAUAUUUGGGAAGGGAAGGAGAGACGGGAGGAGUGGGCGCGGAGAGAGGAGGCAGAGUUAUUGAAGGAAAAGUGGGAGGAGAGAGCGACGGAGGGGAUGGAGACGUGGUUUGGGAAGUUGAGGAUGUGGAAGACGGGGAAGGGGAGUUUGUAA